AUGGAGGACGUAUUGGAGCGCAUAUUUCACGGAAGCAUCGAGCCAAGAGAUGUAAAGUUAUCAGCUCUAGAGAGCAUCACCGAAAAUUUCUCCGAAGAGCGAAUAAUUGGUGCUGGCGGAUUUGGAACCGUUUACAAGGGUGUCCUAAAAAAUGGAGAAGUUGCUGUGAAGAGGCUAAGGAACAACCAAACAAUAGAUGAGAAGCUAUUUCGCCGGGAGGUUAACAGCCUAUUGAAUGUAAAUCAUAAGAAUAUAGUUAAAUUUCUUGGCUUCUGUUCUAAUACAGAGCAUAAAGCAAUCAAAUGUGAAGGAUCAAAAGAAUACAUCUACGCAGAGGAUAGAGAAAGAAUACUCUGUUUUGAGUACAUCAACAACGGGAGUCUAGACAAAUAUAUUGCAGAUGAAUUAAGGGGGCUUCAAUGGGACACUCGUUAUUUCAUAAUAAAAGGAAUAUGCGAGGGUCUGCAGUAUCUUCAUAUGAAAAAACGUAUUCUUCAUAUGGAUCUGAAACCGGCCAACAUACUAAUAGAUCAUAAUAUGGUAGCGAAAAUAACAGAUUUCGGUUUAUCAAAGAUCAUGGAUAACUCACAAACUAAAAGUACAACCCGCUUUUUAUCACUAGGAUACACCGCUCCAGAAUACCUAGAGAAUGGCAAAAUGUCAGUCAAGUCUGAUGUGUAUAGCCUCGGCAUCAUAAUAAUCGAACUGGUGACAGGGUUUAGGAGUGUUCCCGAUAUUAACAAUAGAAGCCCCUACUUUGAUGAUGACAUGCUUGGGAUUGAGCCUGUCGAGCUACACUUUCCUUUCGAGCUCAACAAUCACAUAUCAUGCUUACUUGAGUUAACCAACGAGACAAAUGAUUUUAUUGCUUUCACCAUCCAAACGACGAGCCCCCUUCCAUACUGUAUACAACCAAAGAAAGACACAGUGGCUCCACGAUCGAAGUAUAGUGUCAACAUAACAUUGCAACCACUAGAAAAGGCACCACAAGAUUGGCAGUACAUUGGCGAUUUCAUCGUGCGGAGCACCAAAGUAAAUGACAGCCUUAUGAGUGAGAGUAUAACUGAAGAAAUAUUCCAUAAAGAGGAAGAAGAAAAAACCAUCGGCGAUUACGUCUUCAGCAUAGAUAGAUCAAUCCUGCCACCACGGUCCACACAAUGCCUCGCAGUAAGAAGAUGUGAAAAAGAAGGUGCCGUUGAAAACAUGGAGUUCAAUGAUGAAUUCAAGGUCGGGUACGCCAUUGUGGCUGAAGAUAUCAAAACCAGCGACCUUGAUGUUAAUGAUUACACUCUGUGGAAGAAGUUGCACAUGGUUGGAAAGAAGCCGGCGGCCGGCUACACUAUUGUUUUUGCUCUUAGUCUUGGGCCGUCGCCCCAGAGCCUACCAAUCGAUCUGGAGAAGCCCCAACUCGCGUAG